AUGUACAUCCCCAACACGACGUGGACGUGGUCCUUCGCUGUGGUCACCUUCAUUCAAACACUCGUGACGCUCGCUCUGGAGAUUUACAUCUUUGUUAAUUUCCAGGUGCAAGAAAAAGCCAACGACAGUCCUUCGUCCAAAACUAUCCCGACUUUCCUCGCUCUAUACAGUUUCGGUUUCCUCUACGAGCUGGUAUUGGUCUACGAUGCCCUGCGAGCGAAGAACACUAUUCAGAUUAUCGGUCUUUGUUUGUGCAAUGUUGGACUUUUGAUUUACGGCGCGGUUCAGGUCCAGCAAAUUCGAAAUGCGGUCAACGUCUUACAUGACAACCACAUGAUUGAUUCCAUUGUCUGGGUGCAGUCGGAGCCAUUCCUCAUUAUAAUUCCAUGCAUCGUGGGCCUGGCGACCUUUUUGAUGACCUUUGUGGCAUACAAGUUAUACGACGAAUUUGCCUGGACAAUCUACAAGCACAUCAGUGCUGAUCUGCGCAUGAAACGCCGGUAUUUGACCUAUCAGAUCUACAUCGCCCUUUUGAAGUUCGAUUUCUUCUUCUUCCUCGGUUUCACCGUCCAGUUCCUGGUCGUCGUGUCAUCCUCCAGCCAUAACGCCGAGUUCUACCUCACUAUCGUUGCGAUUCCUGUGACCAUUAUUAUCCUUGCCUGCGGUGCCUGGUUUGUUCGCCGAGAAUCGACUAGCGGUAUGAUCAUUAUCAUUCUCCUUUUCUUUGCCGCCAUGGCCUACUUCGUUUUCAAGCUCUUCCGUAUGUACGCCGCGGCGACCUUUAAGGACUAUCUCCCCGCUCGUCCCUCGAUGACAUUUUUCGCCGUCAUCACGAUCAUCCUGAUUGUGAUCACGAUCAUCAACGCUUGCUUGUGCGUGAACAACUUCCACCGUGGCUUGAAACCGCACAUCAGCAAGAAGAAGAUCAAGCCGGAGGAGAAGACUACCGAGCUCACAUCCAACUUGGCCGCUGGCGGGAUCCCAUCUCGAAUGAUGAUCGACUGA